AUGUCGCUUGGAACGAUCAUCCUAAAAUUCUACAACUGGUGGAACAACGCCACCAAAAUACAGUCGGCCAUUCGUGCGCAAAAACUUUCGGCCCUUUCUGAAGCCACAAGCCCGAAGUUUUUACGAAUCGGAGUCCUGUCCGCUGCCAAAAUCAACUUCACUGCAAUCUUUGAUGCUGUCGCAACACAUCCUUCCGUCGUGAUUGUGGCCGUGGCAUCUCGAGACAAAGCCAAAGCCGAUGCACAGAUCGCCGAGAACAAACUCGCCAUCGUUGGCGAAUGUAAAUCGUACGGCUCGUACGAUGCACUGCUGGACGACCCAAACAUUGAUGCUGUAUACAUCCCGCUACCGAAUGGGUUGCAUCAUAAAUGGACCCUGGCUGCCCUGGAGAAGGGGAAGCACGUGCUGAUCGAGAAGCCAUUGGUAUCGAAUGCCCGAGAGGCACGUGAGGUAAGAGAAGCAGCGCGGCGAAGUGGAAAAGUUGCACUCGAGGCGUUCCAUUGGCGGUUUCAUCCAAGCGCACACGUCGUCAAGACCAUGCUUUUGAGCGGCGAGUAUGGACCUAUUCGGACCAUGGACGCACGGUUCGCGAUGCCCGCGGGAGUUUUCCCCAAGGAUGAUAUUCGCUUCAACUAUGAGCUCGGCGGCGGGAGUUGCAUGGAUUUGACGUAUGUCUUCGCGGCGCUCGAAUAUUUUGCAGCACGCGAUGCGACAAAACCAGGUGUUGAAUUCGAGGUCCUAGAAGCCAAAGGCCGAGUGAAUAAGCGAGAUUCCCGUAUCGACGAUGCAAUGUCCGCGACUAUCGUGAUCAGAGACUCGGGCUCGUAUGGUGAGAGCAGUGGUAGUCGAGGAACGAAAGGAGAAGUCAAAGCGACGGUCUACGCCGAUCUAGCGGCGCCGCCCCUGUUUGGCUUCAUACCCAAUCUCGGCGCCAUGACGCCCAUGUUGACAAUCGAGUGUGAGGGUGCGGAGAUCGUGUUCUCGAACUUCAUGGGUCCGUGGGUGGGACACAGUAUUACUGUGACACCGGUGACUCGAGACAAGGAUACGGGCCAAAUUCUCGGCCGCGGCAAAAAGACCGUGCAGAAAGUGUAUAAAGGCGGACCGAUCUGGGAGGUGGAGGCGAAGAACGACAGCACGAAAGGGGAUAAAGAUACGAGUUCUUCGGUGGGCGAAGAUUGGUGGACGACGUAUCGAUAUCAGCUGGAGGUGUUUGUGAGGAAGAUCCGAGAACAUGAAGAACAACAACAGCAGGAAUCGAAUGGGUAUGAGUAUAAGGGACCUUGGAUGAGUCUGGAUGAGAGCGUAAAGGUCAUGGAGAUCAUUGAUUCCGUCUAUGAGAGGGCGGGAUUACCAAUUCGUGGAGAGUGA